AUGAUCUCCGACGCUCUCCGAGGCCGUGCCGUACUGCAGGUGUUUGAGGAAUAUCAGAAGGCCCGCGUGACCUUCGUCCAGACUGUGGCAGACCUCGCGACGCGCCCACAGAACAUCGAUGCACUCCAGAAUGCAGGAGUGAUGGCGCUUUUGCGUCCCCUGCUCCUGGAUAAUGUGGCCUCCAUCCAGCAGUCAGCAGCCCUAGCUUUGGGACGCCUGGCCAACUAUAGUGACGAGCUGGCCGAGUCGGUAGUUACCCACGAGAUCUUGCCACAGUUGGUGUAUUCGCUGGCCCAGCAGAACCGCUUUUACAAGAAGGCUGCUGCUUUCGUCCUUCGUGCCGUGUCGAAGCACUCUCCACAACUGGCACAGGCAGUGGUCGACUCCGGAGCAUUGGAGGCUCUGGUAAAUUGCCUGGAAGAGUUCGACCCUUCCGUGAAGGUUGUGACGAUUGCUGCAGAUUGGGAUGGCUCUUACAACGGCGAGGAGUUCCUGAGGCUUCAGGCUGGAGAGCAAGUGAAGAUCACAGACAUAUCGUCUGGCGGUGCGUUUCUCUACGGCUCGGUUGUCACAGCCCGCGGGCCGUCGCGGGCGGGAUGGUUCGGCGGCCCCGGCUGCGAGGCCGUCAUGGCAGUGUCCAUCCCAGUACCCCUCGGCAAGGGCUCCGAAGAGGACAUGCCGCUGGAGGGCCAUGGAGGCAAAGCCGCUGGUUUUGGCUUCAACGGGGCGCCGGGCUCACUUCAAGAAGAGGUCGAGGCCUACGUGGAGCGCAACUGCGUGGACAUCCCGGCAGCCACGAGGCUUCGGGAGCUGCCACCGGAGCUCCAGGCUGAGCUCAUAAAGACCGACAUGACGAAGAGCAUCCGCAAUCCCUCUGCUGCCCUACUGAGCCGCAUCAAUCACCUCGUGAAGGAGGCGCAGUUUACGGAGCCUCCCCCACAGGUGGUGUCCCGAGCCGAGGUUCCUCAGGUCACGAUCCGUGGUAGUGCUGGGCUCAGGGGACAGCCGCCCGAACGAAGCAGAAGCCCACGGAGGAUGCAGAGGCCCGGCAGCGCCAUCCCAGCCAGCCGCUUUGGUGCGCCAAGGAUGGGCGAGGCGCUCCCCUACAUGCCACAUGGUGGAGUCAGCUCAGACGAGGUGGAGAGCUUCAUCGCGAGACACGGCCUUGACCAUUCUGCUGCGGACAGACUGCGAGCUUUGUCGCCAGAAGAGCAGGAGAACAUCGUCUUGACUGAUCUCACCAAUGCACGGAACCCCUCCGCGGUAGUGCUCUCACGCAUCGACCGAGUGCACAAGGAGGAGGGCCAUCGGCAGCAAGUCGAGGAAUACCUGCAUCGACACAACAUUGACGAGGAAGCGUCGGCGAUGCUCCGCGCCCUGCCUGUGGAUCGCCAGCAGGUGAUCAUCGGCAGCGAUAUGACCAACGCCAACAACAGUUCUGCAGUCCUUAUCUCGCGCAUUCGCGGGAUCGAGGCCAUGCACGUCCCCGCUGGACAGCCACCUCCCCCAUCAGCCGGUUGGCGGCCCUCAGGGCGCGGGCCGCCUCGGGCAGCGGCGACGCCCAUCGCCAGCCCGGCUGAGGACUUCAUUCGGAGGUGGGACCUCGACGACUCUGUGGCGGCACAACUUCGGGCAUUGCCGAUAUCGCAGCUCAACGAGGUCAUGACCUGCAAUGUGGCCCAAGCUCGCAACCCUUCCGCCAUGGUGAAGUCCAGGAUACGCUCCGUUUCUGCCCGGCCUGCUGCGCCAGAGUUCUCGGUACACCAAGAUACGGUGGAGGAGUACUUGUCCCGGUAUAAGGUGGACGAGGCGGCGCAGGCAGAGAUGCGUGCCGCCGCACCAGAAGUCCAACUGCGGGUCAUGGAGCAGGAGCUGAGCAACUGCCGGAAUCCCUCUGCUGUCCUCUCUUCGAGGAUUCGAGAGAUCUCUCGCGGUGCAGUACCUUUGCUGGUCUUGUGCUUCCAAGAGCCAGAACUGACCCUGAAGCGAAUCUCUGCGUCUGCCCUCAGCGACAUCUGCAAGCACUCUCCAGAGCUGGCACAGACUGUGGUGGACGCAGGCGCCGUUUCGCUCCUGGCCAAGGACAUCUCCCACAAUGAUGCACCAUUGAAGCGCCAGGUGUGCUCCUGUCUGGCACAGAUUGCCAAGCACUCCGUGGACCUGGCAGAGGUCGUGGUAGAGGCCGAGAUCUUCCCGCGCAUCUUGCACUGCCUGAAGGACAUCGACGAGUUCGUGCGGAAGAACGCUGCCACGUGCAUCCGCGAGAUUGCGCGCCACACUCCGGACUUGGCCAAGCUCAUUGUCAAUGCCGGUGGAGUUGCCGCCAUGGUAGAUUACAUCACCGAGGCUCGCGGCAACAACCGCCUGCCUGGCAUCAUGACGCUGGGAUACAUCGCGGCGUUCUCGGAGACACUGGCGCUGGCUGUCGUCGUGUCGAAGGGCAUCCCGCCACUCAAGGAUGCCCUCAUCAACGAGCCCGAAGACCACCUGAAGGCUGCCUCCGCCUGGUCUUUGGGACAGAUCGGCCGCCACUCUCCAGACCAUGCACGUGCCCUUGCCGAAGCCGACGUUCUGCGAAGGUUGCUCGCAGUCUAUCUGCACCAGGAUUCAAGCGAAGACUUGAGGACCAAGGCCAAGCGCGCUCUGAAGAGCGUGAUCCAGAAGUGCACGCAUCUGCCAGCCCUAGAGCCGCUGUUGGAGGCACCUCCGAACAUCUUGAAGUAUGUGGUCCAGCAGUUUGCAAAGGUGCUGCCGAGCGAUCUGAACGCCCGAAAGUCCUUCGUGCAGUCAGGUGGCCUGCAAAAAAUCCAGGAAGUCAAGGCAGAGGUGGGCUCCAAGCUUCACGACUACAUCGAGGAGAUCAACAUGCUCUACCCGCCAGAGAUCGUGCAGCCGGGGGCAAAGGUACUACUCCCCCAACUACGCCGAGACGCUCCUCAAGAAGAUGGAGGACUUCAACCCAUCUGGGUGAGCCGGUUCAGCCUCUGUCGUGGUGGCUCGUGCCGGAAAGAAAUCCUCAGCUGCACACUUCGGAAUGUGAUGGCCUGCUUGCUGCAGUUCAAAACUCGAACUGCUCAUCUUGCUUCACUGAAAGCUCGUGGUGUGGAGCCAUUCGCAGUGCCAUGCAUGUUUCCAGCACCAAGCACAAUCUCGAGUUCAGACUGCUUCAUCGCGUACUAG